UCAUUGUACUUCAUUGUACUUCAUUGUCUGUCGUGUCUCUGCAUUCCCUUAUUUCCCUUCCUUUGCCUCUUCGUAGUAACAAUUUCAUUAUCUCUCCAGUUCCUUCUUUCUUCUAAAACUCAUCUUCUUCCAACUCCUCCUUCAAAACCUCAAUCCCGUUUGAUCAAACCUUUUCCCUCAUCUUAUCAUCCACCAUGGGAGGAGGAAAUGGCCAAAAAUCCAAGAUGGCACGUGAGAAGAACAUGGAAAAGCAAAAAGCGGCUGCCAAAGGAAGCCAGCUUGAGUCUAACAAGAAGGCCAUGACCAUUCAGUGCAGGGUGUGCAUGCAAACAUUCAUGUGUACCACAACAGAAGUGAAGUGCCACGAGCACGUUGAGGCAAAGCAUCCUAAGUCUGAUCUUUACGCAUGUUUUCCUCAUCUUAAAAAGUAAUAUACGAAACUCAGCAAAAUGAACUGGGAGAUCUAGACAUCUUUUAGCGUGUAUCUAUCUUGUAACUUGCUACUUUAUGAUUAGCUUCUUCAAAUCUCUUUCACAAGCUGAUUUUACUGUUGUAAUUGUCAUGUUGUGUUCAGUCAUGGGUGCCCAUUGAAUCUA